AACGAUUUAGAUUUUAUCAGAAAUGUCUCCCCUUUUUCAACAGGGAAACUUUUGCUCCAGUGUUUAGAAGAAGCUUGGAACAAUCUCUUUACAAAUAUCUUACCUAUAUUAGAAGCAGCUUUGUUUCUUGUCAAGACGAGAGCUAGCGUCACUAUUCGUCAGACUACCCUUGCUGCUUUCAGAGAUGUAGUUCUUUUAAAAUUAAACAUGGAAGACGCCCUGUCCUCUGAAGUGAUCGAAGUGACACCUGGUGUUAAGCAUAUGUUGCUUAUAUUAUAUAAUGUCAAUGACACUUUUCCACCAAACAAGAACAAACUUCGCCUUGAGUCCCUAUUAGCCAGAGUGAUUGUACCAUUCUUAGGAUUUAAAGGCUUGUACUAUGGAGAAAGUGAGCCUGUGGUCGAGUCGUCAGAACCAGAGUUGAUAGCGAGACGAAGGUCUAGUGAUGGUAGUCGCCGAAUCUCCCGCCCACUUAGCAUCCAGCCUCAGCAAGUGGACACUUUAAACGAAAUGUUCCUGAAAGCUAUCAGAAAGCAGCAAGAAGGGUAGUUAGUUCUGAGAGGUUAGUCAGUUUUAUGUGUGUGUGUGUCCAGGAAUCAGCUGUGGACGUACUUACAGUUUGAACUUAAAAGUUCGAACUGUAAAGAUUAACUUCAAUAAUAUGGUUCUUGGCAAUUUUCAAAAUCAGAAAUUCUUGAAAUUUUGAUACAAUUCUAUAUAAAGACUCCUUACCACAUAAAUUACUUAUCCCAUUGCUACUGGUUCAUUUCAAGGUUCCUUGCUAUAUGAAUGAACUUUAUGAUUUUUCGGCACACGAGUCAACUUCGAUGUUUCUUGCCACUGAGACAACUUAAGGGUUCUUCGGCACACGAGUCAACUUCGAUGUUUCUUGCCACUGAGACAACUUAAGGGUUCUUCGGCACACGAGUCAGUUUCGAUGUUUCUUGCCACUGAGAC